AUGAGGAUCGUCUGGGUGACUAUAUUGCUGUUUCAAUGCGUUUGCGAAAUAACUGGAAAAGGAUGCCAACAAAUUGUAUUUGAGAAGACUGAUACGUCCGUUGAAAUAUUUAUUGCUGGAAAAUCAGUUAUUAAACAUUCUCAAAAUAAUCCGAUAAUAGAAGUAGGAAAAGCAACGUCAUCCUACAAAGGUAUUCUGGGAAAUUUUUAUGUAAAUGAUGAUGUCACAUCAAGAAUACCGCUCGAAGGUUUCAAACUUUUGCUGCCUGAUGAAACCGUUGUCGCAUCGGGAGCUGGCCCAGUUAGCGGAACGGGCAACAAUUUAGCCAUUUUGUUCUUCAGCAGUAAAAACAAAACGAGUUCACAGGUUGAAAUGAAAUUUAGUUGUGAAAUAUCUGGCAACAUCAAAAUCCACAUUGACUUGUUUGAUAAAACGUCGUCUGGAAAAAUUACUCGUCUUUGGAUCAAAAUGUAUGCGACAGAAAGUGAAAAAGUUUAUGGAGGUGGAGAGCAAUUUACCUAUUUUCAAAUGAGAGGGCAUGCUUUUCCUAUUUGGGUGAGAGAACAGGGCGUUUCGCGAGACUAUAAAAAACUCACAACUCACUUAGCAGAAAUAAUCGGGAAUGCUGGAGGGGAUUAUCAUACGACAUAUUGGACCCAAGCAACAUACGUAUCAAGCAGAUUACUAUACGUUCAUGUCAACCAUUCAUAUUACAACGUUCUAAAUUUCACAUCAAAAGCGUAUCACGAAUUAGAACUGUGGGAGGAUGUUAGCAGUGUCGAUAUUUAUGUCGAUGUAGCAAAAUCUUGGCCCGAACUUUUAACAAAGCUCACAGGAUUCUUUGGAAGACAACCAAAACCACCAAAGUGGCUUUACGACGGUGCGAUUCUGGGCAUCCAAGGUGGUAAAAAUGAGGCUAUACGUAAAUACGAACUUCUUAAAGAACAAGGUGUUAAGAUCAGCGGAAUAUGGAUACAAGAUUGGCCAGGAAAAUUUCAUACCUCAUUGGGAAAACGGGUUUACUGGAAUUGGGAACUCAAUGAAGAAUUUUAUUGGCCUUUAGAUGUCGCAAAGGAGCGAUUCCAGGAAUAUCUUAAAGAAGGUGUUCGUUUUCUCUCGUACAUCAAUCCGCACAUAAUAGACGGAAGUAAAAUGUAUAAACAUGCAGAUGAAAGAGGAUAUUUUAUAAAGAAUUCAACUACAGGGAAGACAUUGCUGGUUGAUUUUGGAGAAUUCGAUUGUGGAACUGUUGAUUUAACAAAUCCCGAAGCAUACGAAUGGUACAAAAGUGUUUUGACGGGCAUGCUUGACAUAGGAUUCUCCGGCUGGAUGGCUGAUUUCGGGGGAGAAUAUUUGCCGGUAGACGACGAUAUAUAUUUUUAUGACAAUCGAAUUUUGUCUGCUGGAAUGCACAAUUAUUAUUCAUAUUUAUGGGCAAAAUUAAACAGAGAUGCCAUUGAGGAAGCAGGAAGAUUGGAAGAUGCUUUCGUGUUCAUGAGAUCAGGAUAUGCUUCAUCUCCGGGUCAAACCCUGAUGGCAUGGGCAGGUGACCAAAACGUCGAUUAUUUCUAUGGAGAUGGAUUACCAUCAGUCAUUCCAGCGACCCUUUCACUCGGAAUGUCUGGAAUGGGUUUAUCACAUUCUGAUAUCGGUGGCUACGUUUCUUUACUUAUGAUGGUAAGAAAUGAAGAAUUGAUAUUGAGAUGGUCGGAGAUGUCUGUUUUUACUCAAGUCAUGAGAACUCAUGAAUGUAAUCGACCAGAUCGAAAUUGGCAGGUUUAUACAACAAAUAGGACAAUGCGAGAAUUUGCACAACUAACAAAACUACAUUCAAUCCUGCGACCAUAUCAUGAAUUUGUUGCAGAAGAGAAUCAUAAAUAUGGAUGGCCCGUACAAAGACCACUAUUCUUCAGCUAUCCUAAUGACGAAACAUCGUAUGAUAUCCAAUACCAAUACAUGUAUGGUCCAGAUUUACUCGUUGCUCCAGUUCUGACUGAAGGAUCGAGAGAAUGGGAAGUUUAUUUUCCUCCUGAUGACUGGGUUUAUCUUUGGCAAGAUGAAAUUUACUCUUUCAAAUCAAAAACAGGUCAAUAUUUGAUGAUUAAUGCUCCCAUGGGUAGACCACCAGUGUUUUAUAGAAAAGGAAGUGAUUGGGAAAAACUAUUUCUUCAACUUCGAAAAGAGAACAUGACAAGUACCGAAGAGCCUCAAGGUCUUUCGUGGGAACUUCUGUUGUCGAAUCCAAUGAUAUUUUUCUAUUUAUUGCUAAGAAAGAUAUUCUAUUAUGUAUUGUUCUAUUAUUGA